UUACUACAGUGUACACUCAGCUGUAGUGAAGAUGGUCACUCUGCUGGGUCUCAGGAUGUAUGGAAUGAAGUUAAACUCCUAAACACAGCUGAUAAGUUUCUAAACUUUUGAAAAGUAAAAGAAACUCGGACUGAAUCGGAUUGUUUGUUCAGAUUGUGUGGACUAUGAAGUACAGUGUGAGUUUACCUGUGCUGCUGCUGAUGCUGUCUGGGGGGGUUAUUCUCACCUGUACAGGUGUACCUGAGGACCACCAGUUUGAACCUGAGACACCAGACUGGAGGAAAACAUUAAAAAGCAUCAGGAACGGAAUCCACAAGAUAGACACAUAUCUUAACUAUGCUCUGGAUUUAAUAGGGGGAUCUGAUGGACUCUGCCAGUUCAAAUGUAGUGAUGGAUAUAAACCCAUUCCUCGACCCAACUAUAAACCCUCACCACCCAACGGAUGCGGCUCUCCAAUCUUCGGAUUUAACUUUGAUUUGGGGAUCCCGGCCAUGACGAGGUGCUGUAAUCAGCACGAUCGCUGUUAUGAUAUGUGCGGACAUGAGAAACACGACUGUGACGAACAGUUCCAGGUGUGCUUGGAGAACAUCUGCAGGAACAUGCAGCUCACACUGGGCCUGGACAAGAGCGUACAAGCGUGUGAAUCAGCAGUGACUCUAUUUUUCGACGCUGUGAUGCACCUGGGGUGUAAACCAUACCUGGACAGUCAGAGGUCAGCGUGUAUCUGCCACUACGAGGAGAGGACCGACCUCUGAGAACCGAAGCUCCUGCCCGAUGUUCUUACUGCGGAAAUGUUGAACCUGCAGCACCGACACUGUAUUAAUCAUCCUGCAGCAGCACUGAACUGAACCCAUCCAUGACUUCAUGUGAGGGAUUAAAUGAACAGUUUUGUGCAAAAGUUUGUACACCCCUGCUCAGACUUAGACUUAUCAACAAUAAGUGAACAAGUUCUCUACAGUUAACAAACUUCUGCACAUUCUUACAUUCUAAUGCACGAUUACUGAUUAAUUACUGAAUUUACAACAAAAUAUGCUGCAAAUAACAUUUUUCCACAAUAAAUUAUGUAAACAAAAGUAAACAAUUUCAGCAGAGGUGUUCAAUCUUUUGCACAAGGUUCAAAGUGGGUUUUUCCGUUUUGUUUUCACUCCCGUUAUUUUGCUUUUAAUUCAUUUAGCUGUUAAAUUAUUAAAUAAAUAUUUACAAUUAUUCAUU